GGUCCUGGGGGGCGCAGACUGCUCCGAGGUCAGUGCCUGCAGAGGGCGCUCUUGUGGGCGUUGUCCCAGCCUAGGGGUGGCAGGGGCAGUAGAGGCAUUCACUGCAGUGGGGUCGGUAAAUGUCGGGAGGUCGUCAGGGGAGAGAGGUGACUGGGAACCCAUUUAAUUUCCAGAUGAGUGCAGAGUCCCUCCUGGCGCACUACCACAGCUGGCUGCUCAGCGCCUCCGUCUCAGAAGCGCUGACUCCGUGCGCGGACCCCGGGACCACCGCCCAGGUGAGGCAGAGGAUCCUGGAGGAGCCCGACCUGCACGACCUGCUCCAGAACGAUGCCUUCCACUUCAUCUUCUGCGGACUCCAGGGCAAAGCCGACCUGCUCCUGGCGUUACAGCACCUGGCCCGCGCCUUCCAGACCCUCGAGCAGGCGGCGCUCAAUCUGUACAUCACUCCAUGGAGGACAGAGCUGCACACUAUAAAGACGUACUCUGGACAUUACGUGCACGCGCUGGAGGCGGCCCUUCCUCAGGAUGCAAUAUUCCAAGCCCUGGCGAGGUUAAACUAUGUGCCAGAAGCAGAUGGGACUUCCCUGAAGAUACGAGUUCUGCCCGAGCCGCGGGCUCUUGCGGUAGCCGCCCUCGGCUUCCUGGCAGCUCACGUAGAAUGCAAUAUCUUAGCCAACCUCGUGUCUUGCUCAGGAUCUACUCUGAGGAACGGCGCUGAUCUCAUCCAAGAAAGAAGGAGCUGGCGAGGUGAAGACGCCUGCAUGGAAAGACUUCAAAAACUGGUGGUAUCAGAGCCAAGGAUAGUCCCUGCUGCCAAGUCAUCCAUGACCGUGGACGGGGUCACCGCCACUCCCAAUGGAGAAGUUCUCUACAUAUCGCAAUUUUGUGACGACUGUCACGAACCUUGGGAUAGGCAUGUCAACAGGGGCUGCAAAAUGGUCACUGAACACCACGGGUGCCACGAUCAAGUGCCACGUGUGGAUUUUGUCAUGCACGACUGUGUAUUUUCAGAACAAUCUUUACAGCAGUGCUGCGCACCGUGCUGCACGUUCCACAGCUUCUCCUGCUCCGACGUGAGGGUCUGCAGAGACAACGGACAUAGGGUAACCCAAAUGACUUCCUCCGAGAAGACCCAAGCAGUGAUGGAGGAGCAAAGAAGGAAGCACCAGCUCCACUCCUGCUUGCAGCCGGGACAGUUGCCCCAUUACCGCUGCAGUCAGUGCAGGCAGCUCCAUUACAUAAAAUGCAAGGGGGUUCUGCGGUGCCGAGACCAGGGUCAUAACGCCACCAUGAUAAUGCUGGAGAGAAACCAGCGGCUGUGGCUGCAGCGCAGCCUGAUGGACCUGACGCUGCUUUACAGGGACGCCCCGGCCAGCCGUAGCGGAUUGGAGUGACGUCAUUUAGACAAGACGAAGGACAGUAAAAUGUC